AUGAACAGAUAGAAACAGAAGCGUCCAAGGUCUCCGGGGGGAGGGACUUCGACUACUUAUUAUAAACCGGCCCGGGUUUCAUUUGUCUUGUCUUGUGUUUUUUCUUUUCUCUUUCAUUUUUGAUGGACCCUGUUUUUAUUCGGUAAUGCAUGGAUAAUUCAUUUUACCUGAGUCGUACCAAGUAAUAAUACUACUGGCUCUCCAUUAUUCCUGAGUAUUAUUUUUAUUUUAUUUCUUGUCCAACAACAAUGACCCAAAAGUAUAACUAACCGACCAAUCAGCGAUUGUCGCACUGUGCCGCUAGUGCAGGUACCUCAAUCCAGUUCACCAAUCACGGCGCCCCCACCCAGUGCAUUAUUUCCACAUAACCUGCGAAUUGAGAGAGAGAGAGAGGAGACAGAGAGACAGAGAGCAAAAUAUGCGCCCUGGAUCGCCAACUAAAUGCCUCCUCUCUGAAGAACGGAGAACAGGUACCGAUGUGCGAACCGGUAGUGAAGUCUUCAGACGAACAGGUGUGAGGAUAAGAUCUAGUCUAGCCUAUGGGGAAAGGAAACCGGUGAUGAUCGCUCGAACAGCCGCCGGAUCGACAGAGGGUCCUUCCUCUCAGGGCAGACUAAAUAGAAGAAUAAGAAUUAGACAAUACAACGACAACAUAAAAAGGAAACGGUGGUGGCGAAGCGCUGUGUCCAGUCCAGAAUCAAAUCGAAAUUACGAUUAAUCAUAGGAGGCAAUAAUGUAAAAUAUGCAAUUGAUAGAUCGAAGGUUUAGUGGAGAGACACAAAGCAGCCCCCUGGAAGGGUUACAAUCCAGACCCUAAGCAGUGUAUAAAUCACCCCGCACCCAUUAUCAGAGAAUAGUCG